CCUCAUCCCACCGCCAUGUCCUGCUACGAUCUGUGCCGUCCCUGUGGGCCAACCCCACUUGCCAACAGCUGCAACGAGCCCUGUGUCAGGCAGUGCCAGGACUCCCGCGUGGUGAUCCAGCCCUCUCCCGUGGUGGUGACCCUGCCCGGACCCAUCCUCAGCUCCUUCCCCCAGAACACUGCUGUGGGAUCCAGCACCUCUGCUGCUGUUGGCAGCAUCCUGAGUGAGGAGGGAGUGCCCAUCAACUCCGGGGGCUUCAGCCUCUCUGGCCUUGGUGGCCGCUACUUGGGCAGAAGGUGCCUGCCCUGCUAAAGCCGGGCUGGGCAUCCAGUGAGUGCAUCGACCAGGAAGCCCAAAGCCAGGUGCCGGACUGACAACGGAGCUACUGGCCAGAGUGUCCAGAGGGGCUGAGCAUCCUUGUGCCAUCCU